CUUGGGUUUGUAAGAUCUAGCGGGCCCUUUCGGAAAAAAAGCUUACAGAUUUUUCCUCAAAAAAAAAAUUAAACAGUGAUUUUCGGAUUUUUCUGUCCUAAGGAAAGUGUUCCUUCAGACUCCUAGAAACUCCAUUUUUUUUUUUUUUUUUUUUUGUCUUUGGAGUGGUUUGUGAAGGGUCAGUCAUCUCGGAAGUCCAGUACAGUUGUGGGAAUAGGCAUGCCACGCGAUGUAUUUAAAAUAUUAAUAUUGUGGCUACAUAAUAAGCAACGGAGUCUGUUUGUUGUGUCUGAAUUAUUUCUUGUGAAUGUAGAUAAGGAAGGAAGUACAUUAACAUUUUUUCGGGCGCCAGUUCUACAGAGUUAGUGUAAUAAAUUUGGGAACUGGUUUAAGAUCACAAUAUGUAAGGACUGAAGUCCAGUGUACGAGGAAAAAAAUAAAGCAAGUCGUCUAUAAGCCUAUCAGUGGGUGCUGUGGGAGGGCCUAUUUGUCAUAUAUAUGUCAUAUAUGGUCCUAUAUGUCAUAUAUAUUUAUAUAUGUAGCUGAUACCUUAGAUUUCGGACAAUGGAUGUUGGAUGUGAUUAUAUUAUGGCACUAGGUUCUUAAAAAUACUCCAGAAAGAAAAUUUGAAGUGGAUUUUAUCUAGUACCGAAUUAAAAAGCAAAGAACGGUUUCUGCUGUUUUGUAAAGCAAAACAAAACAAAACAAAAAAUGUUUUGCCAGGCUGCCACUUGUGCCAGGCUCCAGAUAGCCCAUGAAGGUAGUUUUUCAGGUACUUAAGCAGCAAGGUGUGUACCAGAGUCAUUUCUCAAAAUGGCUUUGAUUUCAUUAGUAUUUGUUGAAUUCUAAGUGCAUUAGAUUAAGGGAUAGGUGAGAUCAAGAAAGAAUUCUGCUUUUACACAGUUGAAUCUCCUGGGAGGGACAGCCUCACUCAAAGGUACCUCCAAAUUAAGUGUAUUUUUCCAUGUCAAAUAUGUGGAACCAAUAAUAAGUGCUCAAAGGUAAGGAGGUGUAAGAGAGUGUCCUGACCCAUCCAUGAGUUAUUAGGAACUGAAUCACUGUCCUGACUUUGAGACUGAAAAUACAAGGUUCUAUGCAGGAUAAAAUUGAUGCAGCUUGGUGUCUUUAAUUAGUUUUUGGGGGAAAUUGGGUAGAAAGAGGAAUAAAAAUUUGUUUUUAGCCUAAGUUGCAGAAUGAUGGAUGUAACAUCAAGGUUCUAAAACUAUUUGAUAGUUCCCUAAGAAUAGUCUUUUUAUGUUUUCUGUCUUUUUAACUCCCAGGACUUCAGUUGUAUUUCCCCACACAUAUUUGAUGUUAAUAAGUAAGCCUUGAAGGUUUUGAAUAACAAAACUGCAACAAAUGAUUGGUACACAUUGAAGACAGGCUGUUGGGUAGGUCAGGACAGAAGCUGUGAUCAUAUGGUGUCAGAGACUCUUGAAGGGAGCUGCAGUAUUAUAACUGCUGGCCUCUUCUAUGUGGCCACCUCAGCCAUAGGUGAGAGUGUGUAGGUGAGGCAGGGAGAGGAGGCAAAAACAUUUCCCUGAAUUUCACUGCCUCACAGGUAUUUGUGUUAUUUUGAUUUUGUAGAGGAUAUUAAUUUAUAUAAGCCUUAACAAAUAUCCAUUUAGUUAUCUGAACAUAAGAACAUAAGGCCAGUGAAGUGCAGGGUGAUAUUUCUGAGGCAUCUUAGGAAGAAUGUAUUUUGAGGGCUUUAGAAAACUGUAGAAACCAGUAGUUUUCUGUUAAAUGUCAGACCACCACGUUGAUUUCCAUGACAUCCACAGGAACUGCGUUGUUAAGCCCCAGUAUGUGUGGGCUCUUUGGUGAUACAGGCAAACCCUCUAAAUUGCUAACGGGAAUAGCCUGGGGAAUCAAGUCACAUUGAAUUAGACCUGUCCAAUUUCAUUCUUAGGAUGAGUCCUGUGAUCUGAAUAAUUUAAGACUAUUAAAGCUGUAAAGCGUUUUUAUGUAAAAACUUCAGGCAACAACAGAACAGACCCAAAACAAGGUUUUUAUAGGUGAAAUUUAAUUAGCGCACGAAGUGCAGCUAUAAGACUUCUAUUGGCUUGAGACAGUUAGCACUUUGUUGGCCAACAGAGGAUAGCUCUGGUUUCUGGAGAUUAAUAGGAUCUUUCCCCAAACUUGUAGGGUUACUUCUGUACUGAAAAUGAAUUUUCUUACUCAAGAUUUCUCUGCCUGUAUCCGUAGGUGGAUUCUAGGAGACCUGUGAAAAACACUUGAAAUUGUGUAAAAAAUAAUUGAGUUUGGAUAUGUAUUUUUGCGGAAUAAGGACUAAUGUUUUUAUGAUUCCUAAAAGGAUCUGAGACUCAAGGAAAGGCAACAGCUUCCUAAUCUGUAAGCAUUGAAGACAUGUCCACAGAGAUAGAAGCCAUUUUUAGUUUGGUGAUUUAGAAUUGUGGUCAGAAGUAGAAUUUAUUUUCCAUUUGUGAGGCUUAAAGAAGGGAUUGGACUAGUGUUUUCACAUAUCCAUUUUUCUGAGCAACCCAAAAUGUAAAUCUCCACCUAAUUAGUAAACAGCAAAAAAUAUAGUAUACGUAUUUCGGUUUUCUCCCGGGGUAAAUUUGGCAAGUGCAUUUUUCGCUUCAAUGAUGGCAUCUUUUCUUUGAGUCUCAAGCUCUCUUGGAUUUACAGUCUUAGUAUCUCUAACUUCUUAUUAGCAAGUUGUGUUGGAUUCUUUGUCUCUCUGGACUUUCUGUUCACUUUCAUUUGGAAGACCAAAGAAAUCUUCUUGUAAAGUGCCUGGAGCAUCAUAGUUAAACAUCACAGUGCCAUAAGGCUUUGUAACAGAAAAAUUGUUUUAUAGCUGUGGAAUGCAUAUCAAAUCAACAGGCCCAGUCUUUUUUCUCCCUUGAAAGAUAUCAUGUUUCAAGGGAAUUCAAAUAAAAAAUUUUGCAGCUCUCACCCUUAAGAAAAUAUUAAGUGGGAAAGUGAUUUUACUACUUUAUCUCGUGUACUGCAGAAUCUGAAUGGUGUGUAUUUUUAAAAGGCAUUAUAAAUUCUGUUUUUUUUUUUUAAGAUUUAUUUAUUUAUUUGAAAGGCUACAGAGACACAGAGGCUACAGAGCUACAGAAACACAGAGAUAGAGAUAGAGAGAGAGGAAUUUCAUCCCCUGGUCACUCAAAUGGCUGCAACAGCCGGGGCUGUGCCAACCCGAAGCCAGGAGUCUGGAGCUUCUUCCGGGUCUCCCACACGGGUGCGGGCACCCAAGGACAUUGGCCAUCUUCUGCUUUCCUAGGCCAUAGCAGAGAGCUGGAUUGGAAACGGAGCAGCUGGGACUCAAUUCAGCAUCCAUAUUGGAUGCUGGCACUGCAGGCAGUGGCUUUACUCACUGUGCCACAACGCUGACCUGGGUAGUUUAAAACCUUAGAAUGAAUGGACAUUAAUGUCAUUCUAUAACGCUUUAUAAUUUUUAAGAUCAGGCAUUUCAAUUAUGGGAUGUUUUACAAAUUGUAAGUGGUAGUAGAUGCCUCUUAUUUUUUAGUAUACACACACAUUUUAAGUUAAAGUGGAAUAUAUCUUUUGGAACACUUCCCGCUAAAUUUUACUGAUUUCUCUGGAAGCUUUUUUUCAUUAGAGUUAAGCAUGAAAUUUGAUGUUAUGUAAAGUCAAUUCAGAAUCAGAGCCUAACAGCUUAAAUAUAUUCCUGGCUAAUACUAACAUGAAAUCAUUGAAUUUUUAGUACUUAUGAAAUAAAAUUGCCAUCUCUGGAACAAAAAGAAUUUUUAAAAAGUAGAUUGUCAGUACCCAAACUUUGUAUUUGAAAUAACUUUUCUAAGAUAGUGCCAUUUCCAAUUUAUGUACAGAAAGGCCCAAAAGGAGAACUGUUAUUUGUUGUUUUGACUACUGACUUUUAUAUUUAAAAGCAUGCAAUUUAGUGGUUUUCUGAAACUUCUUAAUAUUGUUAAAUAUUAAAUUCACAGUGUGAAUUGUGUGGUUUUAUUUAUAGAGACAAUGACUAAAAUGUCUUUUGUUUUUAUCUCCUACUUUUUCUUUUUUUUACAGUGUACCUGUAAUAAAUGUUUUUAACAAUAAAUAUUUACAUUUAGUUUAAAUGAAGAAUGUCUCUCAAUUCACUUAAAUUUGAAGAAAAUAACUCAGAAUUUGUGGAGACAAAACAGUCACAAACUACUUCUGUAGCUUCAGAAGAUCCCCUUCAAAACUUAUGUUUAGCAUCUCAAGAUGUUCUUCAAAAAGCUCAGCAAAGUGGGAGGUCAAAGUGUCGCAAAUGCGGUGGAUCCAGAAUGUUUUACUGCUAUACGUGCUAUGUCCCAGUUGAAAAUGUACCUGUUGAACAGAUUCCACUUGUGAAGCUUCCAUUGAAGAUCGACAUCAUUAAACACCCAAAUGAAACAGAUGGCAAAAGUACAGCUAUACAUGCAAAACUUUUAGCACCUGAAUUUGUAAACAUUUACACAUAUCCUUGUAUUCCAGAAUAUGAAGAAAAGGACCAUGAAGUUGUACUUGUUUUUCCUGGACCUCAGUCAGUCUCCAUAAAAGAUAUUUCUUUUCAUCUGCAAAAAAGAAUUCAAGAUAAUAUUAGAGGUAAAAAUGAUGACCCUGACAAGCCAUCUGUUAAACGCAAAAAAACUGAAGAACUGGAGGACUGUGAUUUGAUUGACAGCAAGUGCAAAGACACGACACUGAAAAAAAUAAUUUUUAUAGAUAGUACCUGGAACCAAACAAACAAAAUACUGACUGAUGAGCGACUUCAAGGGUUGUUACAAGUUGAGUUGAAAACAAGAAAAACUUGCUUUUGGCGCCAUCAAAAAGGAAAGCCAGACACUUUCCUUUCCACAAUUGAAGCCAUUUACUACUUUUUAGUAGACUACCACACUGAUAUAUUAAAAGAGAAAUACAAAGGACAAUAUGACAAUCUUUUAUUUUUCUACUCUUUUAUGUACCAGCUGAUAAAGAAUGCCAAAUGCUCUGGAGAUAAAGAAACAAAAAAACUUAUACAUUAGUGUUUAAUAAGCUACCUAUGUCAUUUUAUUUUGCUAAAAUCAAUAAACUUAUAGUUGUGCUUUGUUUAUUCUUAAGAAAAAUCAUAAAUAAUGCCUAUAAGACUACUUAAAAAGUACCGGUUUCAUUCAUUUUACCUUAUGUUUUUUUUUUUUUUUUUUUUUUUUUUUUUUUUUUUUUUUUUUUGACAGGUAGAGUUAUAGACAGUGAGAAAGAGAAACAGGUAGAAAGGUCUUCCCUCCGAUGGUUCACUCCCCAAAUGGCUGCCAUGGCCGGAACUGCACUGUUCCAAAGCCAGGAGCCAGAUGCCUCCUCCCAGUCUCCCAUGUGGGUGCAGCGGCCCAAGCACCUGGGCCAUCUUCCACUGCCCUCCUGGGCCACAGCAGAGAGCUGGAUUGGAAGAGGAGCAGCCAGGACUAGAACCGGCGCCCACAUGGGAUGCCAGCACUGCAGGCGGAGGAUUAACCAAGUGAGCCACGGCGCCAGCCCCUACCUUAAGUUUUUAUAAAAGGAAAUUAUAUCUAAGGGAAUUUCUCAUAGAUAGUGUAGACUGAAUAACUUAUUUCAGAAGUUAUUUGCUCAAUUUUAGCACAUUUCAGUUUAUUACAUUUUAAUUAUGUGUUGUAUCUAUGUAAUUAGAUAUAACACAUCUAAUAAGAAUCAUUUCAUAUUUGUUUAGAGGUAAUUGUGUCUUUUCACCUAUACUCACCACCCCAUUUAGGGAUAAGUGGAAUCAGAAUCUUCUUGCUGAAAGAGAGUAAUAAUUGACUUCCUUGAGGUUAGUGACAAAUAUAGACAGAACUAUAAUUAGAGCUUCAGGGGUUAGGGCUGUUACUUUAAGUCUACACUGCCCGUGAUGAACAUUUGUUGACUUUUACAUCUGCCUGAUAUUUUUUAAGGGGAAAUUGCUAAUAAUUAUGUUGCCAGGACAAGCACUGGGCACAGCCAGUUAAGCCCUAGUCUUUGAUGACAGCAUCCGUAUCAGUGCCGAUUCGAGUCUCUGCUACUCCAUUUCUGAUCCAGCUCCCUGCUAAUGUGCCCGGGAAAGCAGAAAACGGUGGCCUAAAUGUUUGGGCCCCUCCUAUACAUGUGGACAAUCCAGAUGGAAUUCCAGGCUCCUGGUUUUGGCUUGAAUCAGUCCUGGCUAUUGCAACUGUUUGGGGAAUGAACCAGAGGAUGGAAGAUCUGUCUAUUUGUCUGUUUCUCUUUCUUUCUUUCACAUAAGUAAAUAACAUCUUAAAAAGAGAGAAAGAGUUAGAAAAAAAAAACAAAA